AUGGAAGGAGCAUCGUACCAGCGAUUCCCAAAGAUCAAAAUCCGCGAACUUAAGGAUGACUACGCAAAGUUCGAGCUUCGCGACACCGACGCCUCCAUGGCGAACGCCCUCCGCCGCGUUAUGAUCGCUGAAGUCCCCACCAUCGCAAUCGAUCUCGUCGAGAUCGAAGUCAACUCAUCCGUCCUCAACGACGAGUUCAUAGCCCAUCGACUCGGCCUCAUUCCACUCACCAGCGAACGAGCCAUGUCGAUGCGAUUCUCCCGUGACUGCGACGCUUGCGACGGUGACGGGCAGUGUGAGUUCUGCUCAGUUGAGUUCCAUCUUCGUGCCAAAUGCAUGAGCGAUCAGACCCUCGAUGUCACUAGUAACGAUCUCUACAGUUCUGAUCAUACAGUUGUUCCCGUCAAUUUUACCGAUUCUGCUGGCUACGAUUCUUCUGAGCAAAGGGGGAUUAUCAUUGUGAAACUGCGGCGCGGGCAAGAGUUGAGGCUAAGGGCAAUUGCGAGGAAAGGGAUAGGGAAAGAUCACGCAAAAUGGUCACCUGCUGCAACUGUGACUUUCAUGUAUGAACCUGAGAUUCAUAUCAAUGAAGAUAUGAUGGAUACCUUGACGCUUGAGGAGAAGCAAAGCUUUGUCGAGAGUAGUCCUACUAGAGUCUUUGACAUUGAUCCUAAUACCCAACAGGUUGUGGUGGUUGACCCAGAGGCAUAUACCUAUGAUGAUGAAGUGCUAAAGAAAGCCGAAGCUAUGGGCAAGCCGGGCCUUGUGGAGAUAUAUGCCAAAGAAGACAGUUUCAUUUUCACCGUCGAAUCCACCGGUGCUAUCAAAGCUUCUCAGAUGGUUCUUAACGCCAUCGACAUCCUUAAACAGAAGCUCGAUGCAGUUCGCCUGUCCGAAGAUACUGUGGAAGCCGAUGACCAGUUUGGUGAACUAGGUGCCCACAUGCGAGGAGGCUGAUCCUCUUGUAGAAAUAGAACCGAUAGCGUUCGGAGAAGGCGUGUUUUUCAUGUUUACCAACUGCAUUUCGUUUAAAACUCUUCGGGAUCUUUAGGUACAAAACAAACUACUCCGUUUCGUUUUCCUCCUUAAAUUCUUAACUUGAAAGCCUUAGAACGCAUGGAUGAACAAAUGAUUUAGCUUUUAUUUAUGUUUCUGCUUUGUUCGAUUAACAAA